GGGCCUAUCCAGCAUCCAGAGCACUCAGCUGCGGCCUCUCGCCCCUUCUCCAGCCCGUGAGGUUGAUGGAUGCGGCUGACUCAGCCGGCUGGACCCCCCGGUCCCACGCUAAUCCGCUUUAGGCCAACCUCCAGACCUCGACGUCGGCGGAUUCCCGCGGCCACAAGAAACGACGACUUCCCCUCCGCUUUUGUUGGCGUGUCAAUCCGCAUUCCUCUCUUAGCUCUCGCCUUGUUUGUUAUCUCAAUCGCACAGAAUGGGUGUUCCUUUUGAGGCUCUGAUCCCCUAUGGGAUCAUCGUCGGCAUGUUUGGCCUGACCGGCGCUGGUCUUACUGCUGUCAAGUGGCUCGGGAAUGAUGGAAAGAAGGCCCGCUGGAACCGGGAUCUGUGGGACAGAGUAAUGAUGGAGAGAGAUUUGAGAAUCACAGGAUCCUUGAGAGGCCAAUCAGGCAACGCAGAAGCCCCGAAGGGAUUCGAGCUUAGCAACCCAUGGAAGGUAUGAUGCAUGCCCGAGUCUCAUUCAACGUGUCGGAGAGAGAUCUAAUAAAUCAAACAGCUGGAAAAACGGAUCUUCUAA